CAGCUCCCGGCUACGGCCCCUCCCAGCGCAGGCCCACCCCCGUUACGGAGCAUGCGCAGUCCUCCUGCCGUCCCGCCCCUCCCUUUCCAGAGCCCCCCGUUCCUUAGAAACCAGGCGGCGCGUUCCCGGUGGCGGCGCCCUGGACUCCGGGGCCCGCGCAUCCCCGCCAGCCUUCCUUAAGGCGGAUGGGUGGCCGCCGAGACCCCGCCGGACCCAUGGUCUCCAGUGCAGCGCGGAGUGGGCGAUGCCAGCGUGCCAGGAGCCAUGUCUGACCAGGACAUUUGGAAGAUCAUAUCCAUGCCGGAGGCUCUUGUGAGGAGAUGAGUUGGUAAAGAGAGAGGCCGGGAUGAAGAUGCUGCCAGGAGUGGGCGUAUUUGGGACUGGCAGCUCCGCCCGAGUUCUGGUCCCGCUGCUGAGGGCAGAAGGGUUCACUGUUGAGGCCCUGUGGGGGAAGACUGAGGAGGAGGCGAAGCAGCUUGCUGAGGAGAUGAACAUCGCCUUCUACACCAGCCGGACUGAUGACAUCUUGCUGCAUCAAGAUGUGGAUCUGGUGUGCAUCAGCAUCCCCCCUCCACUCACCCGGCAGAUAUCCGUGAAGGCUCUAGGUAUUGGGAAGAAUGUGGUUUGCGAGAAGGCAGCAACAUCGGUGGAUGCCUUCCGGAUGGUGACAGCCUCGCGCUACUACCCGCAGCUCAUGAGCCUGGUAGGGAAUGUGCUGCGCUUCCUGCCUGCCUUUGUGCGCAUGAAGCAGCUGAUCUCGGAGCACUACGUGGGAGCGGUGAUGAUCUGCGAUGCCCGCAUCUACUCAGGCAGCCUGCUGAGCCCCAGCUAUGGCUGGAUCUGUGAUGAGCUCAUGGGCGGCGGGGGCCUGCACACCAUGGGGACCUACAUUGUGGACCUGCUGACCCACCUGACCGGCCGGAGAGCCGAGAAGGUGCACGGGCUGCUCAAGACAUUCGUGAGGCAGAAUGCUGCCAUCCGUGGCAUCCGGCACGUCACCAGCGAUGACUUCUGUUUCUUCCAGAUGCUCAUGGGUGGGGGUGUGUGUAGCACAGUGACACUCAACUUCAACAUGCCGGGCGCCUUUGUGCAUGAAGUCAUGGUGGUAGGCUCUGCAGGACGCCUCGUCGCCCGAGGAGCCGACCUCUAUGGACAGAAGAACUCUGCCACGCAAGAGGAGCUGCUGUUGAGGGACUCGCUGGCCGUGGGCGCGGGGCUGCCUGAGCAGGGGCCCCAGGACGUCCCGCUGCUGUACCUGAAGGGUAUGGUCUACAUGGUGCAGGCCUUGCGCCAGUCCUUCCAGGGGCAGGGCGACUGCCGCACCUGGGACCAUGCCCCUGUCUCCAUGGCCGCCUCCUUCGAGGAUGGGCUGUACAUGCAGAGCGUGGUGGAUGCCAUCAAGAGGUCAAGCCGAUCCGGGGAGUGGGAGGCUGUGGAGGUGCUCACAGAGGAGCCCGACACCAACCAGAACCUGUGUGAGGCACUUCAGCGGAACAACCUAUGAGCCUGCACCUGGGCUCCUUGCCACAGGGCAGAGGGACCAGGGAGGGGAACAGGAGCCAGACAUGACAGGGGCUUGGCCCUAGCAGAGACAGUGUCUUUCAUUAAAUGAGUCUGGGUGAAGCCAGAGGUGGCCCUGGGACAUCGCCCCCUCCAGUGGCUCACCUGCUCCUCAGACUUGCAGGGCAGCAAAUGUUCCUAUUGCCAGGUUAUCACGGCGUGCACAGGGCAGAGCCGCCGCUGGGCCUCCUCGUGGCGAUGCCAGUGAGUGGGACCAGGAAAGGCUUACCCUGGUGAGUCUUUCAGCCUGAUCCGCAGUCCUUACGGGGUGAGAAAGCACAACAGGGGCCAGCUCGGCUGAGGCCCGAGGAGAAAUGAUGAGAAGUUUUGUUUUCUUCUUGGGCUGGGGCAUCUCAGGAACAGUGAGGGCAACAGGCUGUCCCUCAGGGAGCCUUACCUGCCCUCCCAUGUGACCAGGCCCUUCCCAGGUGGGGACUUGGGUUUGCUUUAUUAAGUGAGCUCUUGGGCUUUUGAAGUAGGACAGAGGGCCCUGAUUUGGCAGAGAGGAGGCAAGGGAGGGCUUUAGAACAUCUGAGAAAUGUUAAUAAAUAAUUCAGAAAAUAGGA